AUGAGUGCAUGCAACUUGACGAACGUCCCACCCAUGGCAGCCUGCUUGGACCGAAUGAUGGGCGCCGCGCUCUGCACGUCUCGUUCCAGCCCCUGCGUAUCUGGCCACCGAACAGCUGGGUCAAGCGGGUGCCGCAGCAGUCCUUGUCGCAGGCGCGGAGCUCGGGUCCGGCGCUACGUCUGCAGCCACGCGCAAGCUCGCCGAAAGCGCAGUGACGGGCCUGUACCAGACGAUCACGCAGUCGCGAACGACGACGUGUGGGCAUUGGGCGGGGCGCUCGUGCGAACGACCGCGGAUAGGGUGUUUGGUCUUGCCUUCGACCUGCUCGCCGUAGCAGGGCGGAUCGCCGCGGAGAGGGAUGACAUCGUGCGGGAGUUCAUGAGCGAGGUUUCGGAGCGUGCACGAUCUGGCAGGCAGCCGCCAGCUCAUCCCGAAAUCCACGAUGACCACGCUGUUGAUGCGCGCAAGAAGUCGCGAGAUGCGUCGGUUAUCCGCGACAACGACUCUGAUGUUGAAACAUCAGUGCAUCGUCUCCUGACAGGCGUCACUGAGGCGCGACGUGAACUCAGGUCACUGGAGGAUCGCAUGCGCGACGGAUAG